UUACUGUGUUUUGUUUUCGUCUGCUGUGUUUGGGAUCUGAAGUUUUCAUAGAUAUAUUAAAACAUAUCUCUUUUUAUUUUUUGACUUUUGUUCAAAUUUGCGCAAAACGGUUCAACUAAUUGCUAAACGACUCUUUAAAGUUAACGAAAUUUUAAUAAUAUCAUUGAGAAAUAGUAUAAAAUCAACGAAAAUGUGUGACGACAAAGAUAAACCCACAACAUCUAAAGAAAAAAAUAAAAAUAAUGAAGAGAGCAAUCAAGAGACCGAAUACACUAAGGAUUGUUUAGAAGAAGAAGAUAGCACUAUGGAAGCGAUGCGUAAAUUUUUUGCACAAAACUUGAAUUUGAAUACUGCACAGGAUGAAGAUGACUGCACAGGGAAAAAGCUUAUCGACGAUCUAACCUUUGAAGGUUUAUGUGAGCACUGGAAGACUAAAGGUUUUAAAAAUAUUAUUACUAUGGUGGGCGCUGGGAUUUCUACUUCCGCUGGUAUUCCUGAUUUUCGAUCACCGGGCUCUGGUUUAUACGAUAAUUUACAAAAAUAUAAUCUUCCACAUCCAUCGGCCAUCUUUGAAUCGCAUUAUUUUGAACAAAAUCCUAAGCCAUUCUUUGCUUUAGCAAAAGAAUUAUAUCCCGGUUCGUUUAAUCCAACACCUUCGCAUUAUUUUGUGCGCUUAUUACAUGAAAAGGGCUUAUUAUUGCGCCACUAUACCCAAAAUAUUGACACUUUAGAAAGAGUGGCUGGUGUGCCGGAUGAAAAGUUGGUAGAAGCUCAUGGCACCUUCUAUACUAAUCAUUGCAUGGGCUGCGAUAUGCAGUACUCUAUGGAAUGGAUGAAGGAUCAAAUAUUUUCGGAUAAGUUGCCAACUUGUACGAAUUGCAAGUCUGUAGUUAAACCUGAUAUCGUUUUUUUCGGUGAAAAUUUACCUGAUAAAUUUUAUACCUUACCUGGUAAAGAUUUUAACAAAUGCGAUUUACUUAUUAUUAUGGGAACGUCAUUGGAAGUGCAACCAUUUGCUUCAUUGGUCGAUCGAGCCGGACGACGUUGCUUACGUUUAUUGAUAAAUCGGACUAAAGUGGGCGGUAACGAUCACGGAGGCUUGGGUUAUUGGUUUUUCGGCGGGCCGGGUUUAAUGUUUGAUAGCCCAAAUAAUACACGCGACAUAGCUUAUGUUGGAGACUGUGACGACGGUGUAUGGGCUUUGGUUGGGGCAUUAGGUUGGACCGAUGAGCUCAGCCAUUUAAUUAAAACAGAAAAUGAACGUUUAGCUAAAGAAAAUGCUGUGCAACGUCAGCGAAAAGAAAAAGACAAACAAUCGUCAUAAAGUCCAUAUCCAACAUAUAUGACUUCUUUUUUUUUUUUUUUUUGCAUAUGUGCAAUACUCUUGCGUUUAGUAUAAAAAAAAUGUGGUUCAUUU